AUGUCAUCAUCAAUGGAUCCUCUCUCGAUUUCUCCCAAAAUCUCCAAGAUAAGGCACAGGCACAGAUGUGUUGCGUGCUACAAGAUGUUCAAUAGACGCGAACACCUUGUUGAGCACAUGAAGAUUGCAUACCAUUCCCUUCAUCAGCCUCGCUGUGCGGUUUGCCUCAAGCACUGUAAAUCCUUCGAAUCUGUUCGGGAACACCUUAACGUUCCGGACCAUCUAUUCAAAGGAAACUGCAAAGACGUUUUCUCCAAACGAGGCUGUACUCUCUGUCUUCAAGUCUUUGAGGAAGCCACUAAUCUGGCUGAGCAUCAGAAAAUGUGUCACCUGUCUGCUCCUCGUCUUCUUGGAACAGCUAGCCAAGGGAAUGAGGUCAAUGCUUCUCGGCCACGUAGGGUAAACACAAGUGGCACACGCCUGAAGGCAGUGGCAAUUGACUGUGAAAUGGUUGGUGGUGGUGAGGACGGGUCAAUUGAUCUGUGCGCAUCCAUUUGCAUGGUUGACGAAAACGAGAAUGUGAUCCUUUCCACUCACGUCCAACCACAAGUCCCUGUUACUAGUUACAGAAACGAGGUAACUGGACUGACUGCAGAAGAUCUGAAGGAUGGUAUACCACUUCAGGAUGUACGAGAAAGGGUUCUCUCAAUCUUGUGCAAUGGACAUAACGAUGGGACCGGGAGGCUUCUCCUUGUUGGUCAUGACCUCAAGCAUGAUAUGAACUGCUUGAAGCUCCAAUAUCCUAGCCAUUUGUUGAGAGACACAGCAACAUACAGGCCAUUGAUGAAGACAAAUCUUGUAAGCCAAUCACUGAGGUACCUCACAAAGUCAUAUCUCGGAUACAAGAUCCAAUGCGGGAAGCACGAGGCUUACGAGGACUGUGUAUCAGUGAUGAGACUGUACAAGAGAAUGCGGGACCAAGAGCAUGGAUUUUGUGGUAAGGCAGAAGGAGAUGAUGGUCUAAACUCGUGGAAACAAAGUGAUCUUGAGAAGAUGAAACCAGAGGAACUGUACCGUAACUCGAGAUCAGACUAUCGCUGCUGGUGCCUUGACUGA